GCACUGGCCGGCAGCAACCUGAAGCAGCUGCUUCCUAGGUCAUUCUGGGGGGAAGGAGUUCCUUUUGGGGAUGCAGGCAGCCACCUCUAACUUAGACCUGGACAUCAAGAAGCCCACUCCACCCAGGCUGCUAUGGCACCAGCCCGUCAACGUAUUCCUCGCCCGGCCUGUUGGCGUGGAGGAGCUGCACCAUGAAGCUGAGCUCAACCUCCAGAGCUUGCUCCAAGAGGAGUAUGAGGAGCCGUACUCUGAAGCCAGGGUCAGUGGCCAGACCUUCCGCUAUGCCAGCCCUCUUUCUGCGGACAGGCCCCUGGAUUACAGUCCCCGCCCCCCAUCUGCCAAACGCCUGGAGUUUGUGUACAUGCCUUCAAGCCAGCAAGUGAAAGAGAACGAGACCUCCACGCUGGGGGUGAGAGCCCCAGAACCCUCUAUUAGCUUGCCUGCUACCCCGGACAAGCACACGGCCUGGACCCGAGCCGGCCCUCUGCCUCCCCUGGAUGAGAAGAGAUUGCACCAGCCGUGUUUGACCCAAGCCAACAUUGUCCCCAUCAACGUCUCUGGGCAGCCAUUUGCUCGCCACGCAAGUACACGCCACUCUCUCUUUAAUACGGAGACCGCCAUGAAUCCCAAGUCCUUGCUUCGCCGGAGACGGACGGUGAUUGGUUUUCCGCACCUCACCCUGCGGGACCAAGGCAACAGCAACGGCCUCAUCCUCAACCCUCCGGCGACCAUAGCAGAGUCCGUCUCUUGUAACUUUGUCCUGGAUAUGGCCAACGGGAGGAGCUCCACCCACCAGGUUCGGUCUCCUAAGCCUCGGCCGCAGCUGAGAAAGACCUUCAGUGACCUUGGGGGUGCUCUGCAGGGGAGAUGCUGCCAGGCUGGGCCAGGGGCACGCACAGAGAAGCCCGGGGUGAUGUACACCAGCCCGUCAUGCAAUGGCCCCAAGGAGGACUUGGUCUUCUCCCCCGCUUGGAGCGCAGCCUCUUUUGGCUACGUGAGCCCAUCAGGGAGCCAAAACGAGCUGGCAGGGCUGGACGUGACCCAGUUGUCUCCCUGCAGUGCCGGGGGAACCCCGGACUCUGACCGCCCGCCCUCCUUCUUCAUCGGCAAAGACAACGCAGUUGGGAAGAACGGCUCUGGGGUGUUCUGUGCCUCUCCCGAAUCCCCUGUGGAUGCCGGCGGAGGCUUGAGAUGCGGCCCGAGAGAAGUCAAGACGCGCCUGGUCCCUGCCAGUCCAGGUGAAGAGGAGUGUCCCCGACUGGAGAGGGACCGAAUGGCGUGCAGGUUCCGCGAGAGGUCCCUCUCUGUCCCCACGGACACGGCCUCCCUGUGUUCUGUGGACAUCGGGGGCAGUGAGACCUGUGGCCUGAGUUACCCCAGUGCCAGCUCUGAAGGCAGCACCAGCACAGACAACGUCUCGCUGGCGGUGGAGCAGGAGGCCCGGGCCCGGCAGCAGCGGCGGCAGCGCACCAAGAGCAUCUCUCUCAAGAAGGCCAAGAAGAAGCCCUGUCCGCCGGCCCGCAGUGUCUCUUUGAUUAAGGAUGGGCAGGUGAGCGUAGCUGAGGCUGUGGCCGAGGUGCCGCCCCAGGACCAGAGGCCCAAAAGCCUGUGCUUGCUGCCGGACGCGCCAGUCCACAGCCAAGUCCAGAGAGACGCAGCCAGGGAGGCGGAAAGCGUGCCAUACACCCAGCAAUGGUACCUUCCGGAGUGGAGUUCCGGCGACCCCUAUUGCUCCCUGUCCGGCUCCAGCACGGCCACUGGGACUACCGUGAUCGAGCUCUCCAAGGCACGGGGUAGUUCCGAGUCCCUCCCGUCCCCGUCGGUGUCCCGGGCCACCACGCCAUCCCAGCUCUCUGCUGAGGUCAGUUUGAAAAUGUCCUCCCCAGGGAGGCCAACGGGGGUGAUGUCCCCCUCCAGCGGCUACUCCAGUCAGUCGGAGACCCCAACCCCGACCGUCCCGACGUCUGCGGUCCUGGGGCAUGCCCCUCACCAGAGCGGGCGGGCAAGGCCCCUUGUGCCGGAGAGGAAGUCUUCGCUGCCCCCGGUCUCGCCCAUGGAGCGGAGCCCCAAGUCACGGCUGUCGUUCGACCUGCCCUUCGCCCCACCGACCCACUUGGAUCUCUCGGGGCUCAAGAUCUCGCUCAAGGGCAAGGCCAAAGUGAGCCGGCACCACUCGGACUCCACCUUUGGGGCCAAGCUGGGCCCCAAGCUGAGCCCGGUGCAGCCCGUCAUGCCCAUGGUGACGCAGCUGGACCUGCGCUCUGUUCGCCUGCGCUCCGUCAGCCGCUCCGAGACCGAGGAUAACCUGGAUAGUCCCGAGCCUGUGGAGGAGCCCGGCAAGAAAAUCCGGCCACCGGUGGCUGAGAAACCGCCACUCUCCCGGAGGCCCCCGAUGCUCUUGCAUAAGACCCCGCCGGUCCAGGAGGAGUCCCCCGUGAGCUCCCCAACCUCUCCUCUGUCACCCCAGGGUUUGGGCCCCAUAGAGAACAUUUACCUGGUGGCCAGGAGGCCUGAGCACCAGUGGGACAUGGACACCUGGAGCCCCAUGGAGUCGCCCUCUCCCGUGGGGGCAAUCUCCCCCGCACAGGGCCCCCCUGGGACAUUUUUCUCUGCCGCACGGCGCCUCUCUGAAGACAGCUUGGAGGAGGAUGAGCCGACGCAGCCAAAGCUGCUGGCAGAGAGAUCCCCUGGCGGGGAGAGCCGCAAAACCAAAGUGCCACCUCCUGUCCCCAAGAAGCCCAGUGUGCUUUACCUGCCACUGGCGAGCUCCCCACUCCACCCAGGGGCUUGUCACGGGGACCCGAGAUUGGCCACCAGCCCCAUCAUUAUGCUGGACGAGGACGCCGUCUACCCUGAGCUGACUGCUUGCAAGGUGCCGUCCCCGGCGGCCAACGAGGUGAACAUCAGCCCGAGCAGUGCAGGUGUUUCUUGGGGGGACCUUUCAGGGAACUCUACGGACUUGAGGGCCGAAGAGAAAAGCUUUGUAAGUGACAAAACGGCCGCGUCGAUAACCGAGGAGGAGGACGACGUGUUUGUGACAUCAUCCCGAACCACUGAGGAUUUAUUUACUGUCAUUCACAGGUCGAAGCGGAAGUUACUGGGCUGGAAGGAGCCGAGCGACGCCUUCGGCAACAGGCAGAAUUCCCAGGGGCCCUCAAAGAACGCAGUGGGGUCCCUGAGCAAUGAGUGCCCUCCAGGCAGUACAAGAACCUCCAGCAGGAAUGAAGACUUCAAGGCCCUCCUUCAGAAGAAAGGGGGCAAAGGCGCCUCAGGCAUCCGCACAUCUGCAGCCGAACUCCUCAAGACCACCAACCCUUUGGCUCGCAGGGUCAUAACUGAGUUUGCGGUGGAUGGGACAAUCCAGGGCCCUAAAGCCCAGCCAUGAGCAUGUUUUGAACAAGCAUCAUCUCUCCGCCCUAUGGCCUAAUAAUCCAUCCCCCCCGUUCCCCACCGAUCAGGCUGUCCGUCAGGGUGAGCCUACUCCCCUUGGAGGUGUCUUGAUCUUCUGGCAGUGGCCAGACCUUUUCUGGUUUUUGCUGGGGUGGGGUGAGGGGAUGACUCCUGAUUCAGGAAAAAAAAAUGUCUUAAGUGUAGAGCACACCCAUUCCUUAUGGAAUUAGCCCCACAACUCUGCUCUUAAGGAAGGAAGCUUUAUUUCCCUUUCCAGGUUGAAAGAGGGGCCCCACGACAUAGAUGUUCCUAGACAGGGCUAUCAAUGGGUUGGUGCUGGACUUGAGCCUAGCACUUUCCCCAAUCACAUGAGGAGCGGAAUACCUCCCCCUCUUUCUCUUCCUCUCUCUGUCUCUCCCUUUUUCUCCCUUUUCCAGGGUCCAUGUAUUCUCAUUUCCUCUUUGCAACGAAGCUAGCUUCAAAUUGUUCAGUUUCUUUGGCAUGUGGUCCUAUCAGUAUUCGUAGGAUGCAAUGUAUGGCUGUUGUGACAUAUUCAUUUAUAGGGUUUUUUCUCUCUCUUCAAAUAUUAUUUUUAGUUGUGAUGGCAAAGCUCCUAAGGGGUGGCUAGCUGGUCACUCAGGGAGCUGAGCCUGAAUAGCACAGCAGGUGCCAUUCAAGUGGAGGAUUCUCUUUGCAAAAGAUCUCUAUUCAAGAUGGUGCCCAGUGCUUAUCUGAAGACUGCAGAAGCUCAGCUCCAGAGAAUCAUAGAAUAGUAGAGUCGGAAGGGGCCUAUAAGGCCACCAAAUGCACCCUCCUCAAGACAACCUUGAACGUCUAACAUUUUGAUGCUGGCCCGAAAGGAUCAGAAAUGGGGUUUUUUUGGCUGGCACUUGAAAACGUGAAGAGGGGUAGAUACGUUUAAAAAGAAAAAGUGAUGCAAGCAAUCAGCUCGAAAUCUAGCCUUACCAAAUGAUUAGCGCCAAAUCUCAGAUUUUGGACUAGAAGACCUCCUAAUUCUACAGACCACUUCUCUUCCUGGGCUGAAAGGGAAUCAAAGCCAAUGGUAGACUGGGUUCGGGUGGCACGAUAGUCAACGGUGGGUUAAAUAACGGUGGAUUACAUAGUCAACGGUUGGUUAUUGUGUGAUCUGUCGAGACUUUUUCAUACCAUGGUUAGUUAUUUGGCCAAAAUAACCAUCACAAAUAACCAAUGCUGUGCAGAGUUGAUUAUUUGAACAGCUGUUGGUUAUCGUGUCAUCUGUUGGGCACCAUUGACUAUUUCGUCGCACACGGUUGGAUAUUUUCAGUGACUACAGAGUCCCCUGGAAAGAGCGGCAAUGGCUGCUCUAGUCCAAAUGGUAGAACUCGCAAUGGCUGAUGGGAUACCAGUGGAAGGACUGGGGGGGGGGGAAGAGGGCGAGGGAUGUGUCAGUCAAACACACUGUUGACUAAUAGUCAACUUGACGCUGGCCUUAAUCCACACCACGGUUGAUUAUAAUCAUGUCAUGUGGAGAGUAUCUCUUCGAUAACCAACUAUGGAGUUGACUAUUAACCCACCAUUGACUAUUGUGUUGUUCGAACGCAGCCGUAUAGUAGCUCUUGCUGAAUUCCUGAGCUAAUUUGUCAUAAAAGCCUUGUUCUACAAAGAAUGGAAGCUCUCUAGAUGGGCCCACUGGAGGGACCCUUUGGAGCUUUUUGUGGACACAAGACUUAAAGUGGUAGGUCUGUCAUUGGGUGCCUUCUUCAGUAGUGGACCUGUCUUGGAGUUUCACUGGUGGGAUAAUUUUAUUUAAGGGUAGAAUGCAAAGCCGUAAGGCUAAAUAAUGGCUGGCUGGGAGUAGCUGUAGCUUGGUGGGAUUCCUCCCACCCACCCCCAAAGCUUUUUCCAGAUGUUCUUAGUUGGUUUAAUGGAAGCUGCAGUCCUAGAAAUGUUCUGGGUGUGGUCUUUUAGCCUUGAGGCAUGCAAAGGCUACAGUUCUGCCCUGAUUCACUGCCCUCUCCAUGUACCCACAUCAUCUUUGGAAUACCAAGCUGUGAUCUGUGUCUACAACAACAAUCCUAGAAGCUGCUUGCUGCCAACGAAGUCUAAAACAAAAUGAUACAAGCUGCAGAAUAGUCAUAUGUUAAAUAUUUUAGUUCUUAGUAAGUUUUAUGGGUGGGGUUUUUUUUUAAUGAAAGCCUCCUAUUUGCCAAAGUUCAUUUGUUGCAAAUGCGGAACGCUGAAUUACAACAGUAAAUGCUCUGCAUGGUGGCUCAGAAUUCUCUACUGAAGAACCCCAAUAUCUUAGCAGAAAAUCAUUCCUUUGUGUCUUUCCUUAUGGUGGACACCAUAAUUUCCUUAUUUGUGUACAUUCCUUAUGGUGUCUGGAUUAUGUGGGAGUUGAAAUUUGCAACAAGUGACCCUUGGGGAAAGAGUGAUCACUCCAAACGUCUCAGGAAUUACAACGGCUUGUACCCAAGGUUAGUCCUAGUUAGAGUAGACUGAUUGAAAUGAAUGGGACUUCCCAUCAUAAUGAAAGGGAUUUUGCUGCUACUUAUUACUUGCAACUUCUAUUCUUCGUCAGUGUCAGCUUCUUGAAUUCGCCCCCUUUGCUCCAAUUUUACUCCUGCUGGAUCCUUCCUAUAUUCCUUCCUUCCUUCCUUCCUUCCUUCCUUCCUUCGUUUUCACUACUUACAGUAUCUGGAGUCUCUCUCGUAUUCACACAACGUAAUGGCUUUGCAGUGAAUGCCCAAAUGGGAGAUGCAGUACUGGGUCCCUCUCGGGUCUCCCCGCUGCUUUGCAAUUCUUCUCUCUCUCUCCCUUUCUCUCUCUCUCUCUCUGCACAGUGGAUUGCUUUCCCCCUUCUUCACUCACUGCCUCUUUUUCCACUCGUGCAACUAGCCCAUGAACUGACUGAACAAGAGGCAACAAACCAGAAAAAACAAUAUUUUGGGGGGGGGGAUGCAAAGACAAUCACUAGGAAGGCCCAGAAUGGUCACUGCUGACUGCUAAAGUCCUGCCUGACACUACUAACAUCUGGUCCACUUGCUCCAGAUACUGGCAGAUCGCCUCCAGCUUCUAGGCUCCCAUUUCUUCAUGGAUUCUACAGUGUGGAUCUUCAAUGCACACCUCUGUUCCACCAGUUUGAUUUCAUUUCAGAAGCUUCUGCUUCAGUUUUAGCUUAAAUGCAGCUUGCCGUGUCAUCCAAACUCAUCCAAACUCUGGUUAACUUUAGCUGUGGUUAGUGGGCGGGGGGAAGGUUUAUUCAAACCAUAGUUUAUGAAGCUGGCUUGUUUCAAUUGAACAUAAUUAAGACUAACCACAGUUUAGAGUUCGGACAACUGUAAUGGAAGUGGGAGCUUCCAAUCUCCUCACAGUUGCACUGGAGGACAAGAGGAGAGGUGGCAGCAUAAGCCAUAGUAGCUGGGACUGAUGGGAAUUGUAGUCCAAAACAUCUGGAGGGCAGCAACUUCCCUCCUCCAAUGCUAGACAAUAGUUUGGCAUUACAUCUGGACCUUUGCAUUAUGCAUCUCAAAUCUUGUCAUGCAUGCUGGCCACCUGGGACUGGAGGAGGCGUCAUUCAUUUGGUCAACCCGGUCCGAUUUUCUGAUUACCAAAAAGUGCCCCUAAUGAAACAGGGUAGUAUCUAUAGCAGUUUGCUAACAGAAACCAAGUGUAACUUGCCACUUAUGAAAAUUGAAACAGGGUGCAUAUAGGGCUUAGUUUUGUAUGAAUCUCAUUGUAUCCAGGCCAAUUGUAUGAAAUUCAAGGUAACUCAUCACAACAUAUCCAACCUAAUGUUGGGUUGAAGCAAGACUGAAUUCUCUCCUCCCCGCCCCCCCCCCACUCUCUCUGUGUGUAUGAUACAUAGCAUUAAAACUGGCCAAAUCCUGUACAGUUCCCAGUAUCAGCUGUGCCUCGACGGUCUUUGUCUCCAUUGGCAGAACUCCUGGAGUGCUUCCAGACUAGACUAUUUUUUUCCUGCUAUCGCCCCGCCUCAUUCACAGAAUGUUAUGGGCAGGAGGGGAGGGGUUCCAGAUGUCGUCAUCUUCCAUUUAUAGCCCUCCUGUGUUUUCCUCACCACUUCUCCCAUCUUUUUUUCUUACCAGGAAAAAAAAAGUCUGUUAAGGAAGAGUAGCUGCACAAGGCCUUUGGUUGGUUAGCAGACAGAGCGGUCCGUCUGGAAGCAUCCCGGCCCUCUGCAAAACACCCACAAAUUAUUCUGUAAAGCAGGGGUG